CGAUACAUGUAACCAGUAGGCUACAUUCUCAAGCUAUCAAACAGCUUCUAUGUAUCUUAUCAGUUCUUGAUACAUUGUGUCGGCUGCAAGUAGUGUGUUUUUUAUUAGAUUGUCCUUAUUCUCUCUACAUAUUUUCCAUUGAAACAUGCUGCGUGUGAGAUCGGCAUUUUGUCAGUCUUGGAGGGGUUUCAGGACCUUCCCCUGUGCAGCUGUUGAGGUGAAGAAUGAGCCCAUCCUGGGAUUCAACGAGGGCAGUCCAGAGAGGACUGUGCUGCAGAAGGCCCUGGAUGACCUGAAGGGGAAGACAGAGGAGAUUCCCUGUGUGGUUGGAGAUGAACAUGUGUGGACCAAAGACAUCAGAUACCAGCUAUCGCCCUUCAACCACUCACACAAACUGGCCAAGUUUUGCUAUGCUGACAAGGACCUGCUCAACAAAGCUAUCUUGGCCUCUGUGGCGGCGAGGAGGGAAUGGGACCUGAAACCCAUCCAGGACCGAGCCCAGGUCCUCUUUAAGGCUGCCGACAUCAUCAGUGGACCUAAGAGAGCCGAGAUUCUGGCCAAGACCAUGAUAGGCCAGGGCAAAACGGUGGUGCAGGCAGAGAUUGAUGCGGCUGCAGAGCUAAUAGACUUCUUCCGUUUUAAUGCGAAGCACGCUGUUGAACUGGAGAGCCAGCAGCCCCUGGACAGUGAUGGUAGCACCAACACCAUGCUCUACCGUGGGCUGGAGGGUUUUGUAGCCGCUGUCUCUCCAUUUAACUUCACUGCAAUUGGUGGAAACCUAGCAGGUACACCUGCUCUCAUGGGUAAUGUUGUUCUGUGGAAGCCUAGCGACGCAGCCAUGUCAGCUAGCUACGCCGUCUACAAUGUCCUGCGGGAUUCAGGGUUGCCCCCCAACAUCAUCCAGUUUGUGCCAGCUGACGGACCAGUGUUUGGAGACACCAUCACUUCCUCUGAACAUCUGGCUGGCAUCAACUUCACCGGCAGUGUCCCGACCUUCAAGCGUCUGUGGAAACAGGUGGCCCAGAACCUGGAUAUCUACAAGAACUUCCCUCGGGUGGGAGGAGAGUGCGGCGGUAAGAACUUCCACUUUGUGCACAAGUCUGCGGACGUGCAGAGUGUGGUGACUGGGACCAUCCGCUCUGCGUUUGAGUACGGAGGGCAGAAGUGCUCAGCCUGCUCCAGGAUGUAUGUACCAGACUCCCUGUGGCCCCAGAUCAAACAGGGGCUCCUGGACAUCCACAAGCAGCUCAAAGUGGGAGACCCCGUGGAGGACUGGAGUACAUUCUUCUCUGCUGUGAUUGAUGACAAGUCCUUUGCUCGUAUUAAGAAGUGGUUGGACCAUGCCAAGUCAUCCCCUAAGUUGAACAUAAUUGCUGGGGGCCGCUGUGAUGACAAGAAGGGUUACUUUGUGGAGCCCACCAUCAUUGAGAGCACAGACCCACAGGAAGCCAUCAUGGCCGAGGAAAUCUUUGGGCCAGUUCUAUCUGUCUAUGUUUACCCUGAGAACAACUACAAGGAGGUGCUAAACCUUAUAGACGACACAUCACCAUACGCCCUGACAGGAGCGGUCUUCGCUCUUGACAAGAAUGUUUUAGAUGAGGCAGCCAAGGCCUUGAGGAACGCUGCAGGAAAUUACUACGUGAAUGACAAGUCCACCGGCUCGAUUGUUGCCCAGCAACCAUUUGGUGGCGCCAGAGCUUCAGGUACCAAUGACAAACCUGGUGGUCCUCACUACGUCCUGCGAUGGACAUCCCCUCAGGUGGUCAAGGCCACCCACAUCCCGCUCAGAGAAUGGAAGUACCCCUACAUGGGUUAAAAAGACAGUACUGUACCCACCCCACCCAUUAGCCCCCCCUCAUCCAAUCCUAGCCUUUUCUCCUAUCCCUCUCUCCAGUCAAGACUGACAAUGAAAUGAAGAGAGAAACCUGCUCCUUACUCGUCCAAGUUUUGGUCCUUUUUGCCCUUACAAGCCUGCACUGAAGCUAGACACAAGUACAAAUGUAAUUAUUAGCUCAGGGUUACCCGAACUCGGUCCUCGGGACCCCAAGGGGUGUACGUUUUGGUUUUUGUCCUAGCACUACACAGCUGA